AUUUAAUAAAGGAUAAUACAAUGCGAUACGCACAGUUUGUUAUGGGAAGUGCUGGAACUGGAAAGAGCACAUACUGUUCAACAAUCCAGAGACAUGCAGAAGAUAAAGGAAGAGUGAUUAACAUUGUAAAUUUAGAUCCAGCAGCUGAACAUUUUGAUUAUGAGCCUCUUGUGGACAUUCGAGACUUGAUACAAUUAGAUGAUGCCAUGGAAGAUGAGGAACUGCAUUUUGGACCUAAUGGUGGUCUCAUUUUCUGCCUUGAAUUCUUAUUAGAAAACGCAGAGUGGCUUAGAGAUGCUUUAGAUCCUGAUUUAGAGAAUGAAGUGGACGAUGAUUACUUGAUAUUUGAUAUGCCUGGACAAAUUGAGUUAUUUACACAUCUAGAUACAGGAAGAAAGUUAAUUAAACUAUUAGAAGAUUGGAACUUUAGAGUUUGUGGCAUUUUCUUAAUUGAUUCACAAUUUAUGACAGACGGAGGAAAGUUUAUUAGUGGUACAUUAACAGCACUAUCAGUAAUGGCUAAUCUAGAAAUUCCACAUCUAAACAUUCUUAGUAAAAUGGAUUUGCUCAGUAAAAACUCCAAAUCUCAACUAGAAAAAUAUUUGGAACCAGACGCACAUGCACUACUAGGAGAAAUAACGUCAGAUUCAGCUUGGGGAAGAAAACAUAGGCGCUUAUCAGAGGCAAUUGGAAAUCUAGUUGAGGAUUACAGUCUUGUUCGUUUUACGCCUUUUAAUAUUGAUGAUGAGGAGAGUAUAUCCGAUGUACUGUUCACCAUUGAUAACAUUAUACAGUUUGGCGAGGACAAUGAUGUUAAAGUACGUGACGAUUUUGAUCCACCAGAUGAGGAAGAAGAAGAUUGCCAUAUAGAUCCACAAGACUAUUCAAAUCUUUAAAAAUCUUUCUUUAUUUUGUGUAAAUUAAU